GGAGCUCAGUCUUUGGGCUGUGGUGUUCGUUCGGUUUCUAUCGAUCUGUGAGUGGGUGUGUGCACGCACUGAGGAUGUGAAAUCAGAGGUCAGAAGGAACGAGAAGACGAAAGUUAUCAGCUCAAAGUGAGAACCAUGGCCGCCUUCCAGCUGCUCUUCCCGCUGUUGGUCAGCUUCGUAGCGGCAUCCGCACGUCUUCCCCGCCAACUCCCAGCAUGCCAAGUUGUCCAGAUGGAUGUGUUUUGCAGCGACCUGAGCCUCAGAAGUGCCCCCGUCGACCUUCCUAAUGGCGUCCAAACGCUGGAUCUCUCUCGUAACCAGGUGCAGAAUCUCAGCCAGGAAACUCUGGCAUACCACACCGGCUUCCGUCAUCUGAACCUUCACUCCAACAAGAUCCACUUCAUCCAGCCGGGGCUCUUCAAAGACAUGACGGAUCUGAAGGUCUUGGAUCUGUCCAGAAAUCAUCUGAAUGUCUUCGCCCUCUCCAAAACCAACAUCGGGCCUCUGACGGCUGUGGAGUCACUGGAUCUGUCGAGCAACGGACUCUACACGGGGAUGUCGGACUAUUUCCUGGCGGAUUCUCCAUCGCUGGAGAACCUCUCUCUGAACAGCAACAGCAUCACCAAAAUAGCACAAACUACCUUCAGCGGAUCGUCGUCGUUGAGAAAAAUCGGCCUCCACAACAAUGUCAUCUUGGAGAUCGAAGACGGCGCUUUCGACUCCCUGUAUCGUCUCACUGAACUCGAUUUGUCCAAGAACUCGAUCACCUGCAUCACGGACUUCAAUCUCUGCAGCUUAAAAGUGCUCAAUCUCAGCAAGAACAGCAUUGAGCUUUUCAAAAGUGCAACGUCAGCGGAUUACUAUCACCUCCUAACACUCGAUCUGAGCGAAAACAAAAUGCAUUACUUUCCACUUUUACCCAGAAACAACCGGCUCGAAUACCUGGACAUCUCACGAAACCAACUUCAUACUGUCAACGUCACGGGAGCUGAGAAAAGAGUGUUUUUUUAUCAACUGAGAUACCUGGACAUGAGUUACAACCAACUCAAAAGCAUACCAGAGUCCUUUUUUUACUGCAUGAGAUCACUGGAGGUCUUGAACGUGAGCAAUAACUGCAUCAGCUCGUUCUCUGUCGUUAACGAAGGCCUUCUACGUUCGGUGAAGAUUAUCAACCUCAGCCAUAAUUCGCUGCAGAGCCUGACGUUCGGGGAAAACACUCUGCAAUCGUUGGAAGAGCUGCUCCUCUACGGAAACGACCUCGCCACCCUGGACCUUGGCAUAUUUCAAAGACUCCCAAGCAUCAAACACCUGCAGCUCCAGCAGAAUAAUCUGCAGAUCUGUUCUUCCGACCAAGACCUCCAGGAUCCUCCGGGUUGCGUCUCCUUUUCUUCUAUAUCGAGCUUGCAGUACUUGGACUUGUCUGAAAACAAUCUGAGGACUCUGCCUGCGAAUGCGUUUGCAAACACCCCUCUGAAGUUGCUGGACUUGUCCCUGAACCCGGGCUUGGAUAUGGAUAAAGACUCCCUCUCCGGUCUGGAGCAUUCCCUGGUCCACCUCCUCCUGAGGGAAAACAACAUUUCCAGUCUAAACACAGACUUGUCGUCGCUGAGGAGUCUCAAACACAUUGACCUGUCCACCAACCAGCUGACCGCUCUACCCAUGUGGAACAAAGACUCCUCCAUCGAGUCGCUGAACCUGCAGAACAACAACCUGGUCACUCUGGAGUACAGCACCAUGCUGGCCCUGGAGCACUCACUAAAAACCCUCUACAUGGGCUCAAACCCGCUGAGCUGCUGCAGCAACCUGGACUUCCUCCAGAUGGUGCAGCACUCGGCCGUGGUCGUUCCCGACAUCGAGACCGUGACCUGCGCUCACGAGGAGUACUCGGAGCCGGUCAACAUCGAGAAGGUGACCGACGAAAUGUGUCACAUACGGAGGGCCCAGAACUACGUUAUAGUUAUCGUGCUGAUCGUGGUAGCUGCAAUAAUCAUGUUGGUGCUACUGGUUAAAUGUUGCCAGUCGAGGAAACCGAAGCACAACCACCGAAGCUUCAACGCUUAAUGUGCCAUGAAGGAUUUAUAUAUUUGGCACUUGAUUGGUGGUUUUUAAACCAAAGACAGAAAAAAAAAAACAUGAAUGUUGUGGCUGCAAAGUCACUCAAAGACUUGACAAGGGACAAUUUAUUGCCUUGAUUUUGGUUUACCACUACCAUCUGUGCCACUAGAGUGAAUACAUUUCAAUGUAGUCAAAAGCAGAAGAAGCCUUUGUGAAGCUGAGAUGGGAGCAACCUGAUACGCUGAGACACCAAUGAAGAAGACACAUGCCACACUAUCUCCGAAAUGAAGACAAUAGAGUGCUGCAGGAAUGAGUCAGGAAAACCCGAAAAACCCUGUCGGCAUUUUUACACUUAAGUUCAAAGGUUUUUUUUGAAUGUGCUUUUAGUUAGAUGCCUGAAGUAAGGUCUGUGGUUAACUCAAGCUAAAGAGAUUUUAAUGUUUUUGUCACGACAUAAAAUAAAUCAGUAAAUACUCCUCUGGUGAAUUUAGAAGCUUUUAUGUGUCUAAAUAAGACAACUAAAUGUCAUCACUAGAACACUAGUCCUCCUUUAGCUUUGUUUAAACUACUGCCAAUGUAUUUUUGCCUCAAAAAUAGUGGUUUCCAUUUGUGAAGGUUAUAUAGUUAUCAUAAACUUAUAUUAGCCACAGAGCCUUUUUUUUGCAAUAAUCCAAUGGAGCUUUUUUUUGUCGAGGAAACCGGCGCGAUGCUAACUUCCUGGUUGGACUACAAAAAUACGUCAUCCUGCAGCACUUAAACAAACUGUUUAAGUGGGAAAUAUUUGCUUUUGGAGUUUUGGACUUUUAAAAGAACUGUAAAAGUAGAAGUUUCUUGCGGUUAGAAUCUAGUGGUCUUUCGACUGAAGCAGGAGUGUUUCCUGGGUUUUUUUCUCACAAGCCUCAUGCUAACCAGCAUAACUUUAUUGAAUGUAAAAGGAUUAAUCCACACUAUAACACUUCACCACCGUUGACCCUGCCAUAAAAUGCUAAAGGAAUAGUUUGAAUUGUAGGGAAAUACGCGUACUGGUUUUCUUACAGAGGCAGCAACAAAAUCCGCCUACCAGCUACUUUAAAGCUCACUAAUUAAAACGAUAUAUCUUGUUUAGUUUUCAGUCUUUAGCCUAACAGACUGCCAGCUUUAGCUUCAUAUUUACAGCAAAGAAAAAAGAGCAAUAUCUUCAAACUUUCAAAAAGAAAGCAAAUAAGCAUAUUUUCUCUCUUAAUAUUGAACUAUUCCUUUAAGUGUUGAUUGAUUGGUUCUUGAAAAUCCUGAUUAAAUAAGUGAGAGACAGAGAAAGAUGAAUAUGACUUAGCGAGAGUUUCGACACAAGAAUAAAGUCAGGGGUCUCAGAGUGGGAUUUUCCUUCAAGCUAAGAAUAAAGGAAGACAAACACUACAAAAGGUCAGGAAACAAAGUGCUCUAUUCAUGGACGAUGAAGGAUGAUUAAAUGAAGUAUAUAUGUAGGAUGUGAAAAACAGUUUUUAUAAAGCAAUCCAACCGGUCCCUUUACCCUUUUAUGUGGUUUGCACUUUACAUUUCUUGUGAUUGUGUCUUAUUCUGUGACUGUUUUUAACACUAAGAAUAAUUUUGUUACUACAAAAACUAAGCUGGAUAUUUUCUCUGUAUUGAUCCCAGAUCUGUGGUGCAAUACUUAAUGGACGCAAUAUCUAUUAAUUUGACAUGAAAAGCUGAAAGCUGGGCUAAGCACUGAAAUUAAUAACUGUGAUACAUUUGAUAUAGAAGUUUAAUAUACAUACUGUUUAUUUUUAGGGUGAUUAAAUGAAUAAAUGAGUGGGCCACACUGGGAUCCACAGUUUCAUUCAGGCUGAUUUUUUACAUUUCUCAUCCUGUGACUUUGUAAAGUCAUGUAAGCAAUAUUUUGUACCAAAUGAAGGCCAUUUUCUACAUGUAAACACUGUGUUUUUUGUCCAAAAACAUGUAAACCUCUGAACGUAGUACUCACACCAGCCCAUUUCUUGUCACUUCAUUUUUUGCUCUGUACAUUUUUUAUAAUGUUUGGAGUUUGUGGCAUGAAACAGCACUUAAGGAUAUGAGA